AUGAAACUUUCGUCGGGAUUUUUAAUUUCUCAGGCAGCGGCUCUGACUGUCGACACCCUGGAAGACCUUCCAGAUUGUGUUGAAAGAGGAUGUGACCCUUCUGAUUUGGGAAUUUGGAAUACAAAGACGUACACUGAAGCUGAUGGGUGUAAAAGAGGAUAUACGGAGAACGGACUAGAAGUGGAAAAUAAUGGAUGCUUCAGAGAAUGCAAUCAGCCCGACGGAACAAAGCUCACCUCGAACAAAAAGAUCAAAUGCGUCUGCAACGGAAACAGCUGCAACUAUGUUUUUAAUGUCCGAAGGGAACAAACAAGCAUCGACGAAACCAAGCCAAACGGCCUCCCUUACAUCACUCCCUGUGAUACAGAGACAACGACUUCUCCAGCGACAACUUCUUCUCCUUCUUCCACCAACAUCAAUAUUUUGGUGAUUCCUAUGUAUAAUAGCGAAUCCUUUAUCGUCUCCGGCGAUGGAUCAAGAACUACAUCCGCGACUUUGACUGGCAGUUCAACUGAAAGAGCGCAUUCCGUUAUCAUCCGCGACGAGCUCUACAGCUUCAAAUAUAAGAAUAUCUCCAAGCUUAAUGGUUGCAAUUGGCAACUGAUUCCACCGACAGCAAACUAUUUUCACGCCUUCAACAGCGCUGUUCUUGCUAUUGAAGAUGGAAAAAAAGGCUUGAUUUGUUUUCCCUACUACAAUUAUGUGACCGCAAGUUACGAGGGCCCCCAGUUGCACAGAGCUUGUGAGAUCUUCGACCCCGAAAGCAGUUUGAGUCAACUCCAACUGACGGCUUCGACCGAGUUUAAACACAACAGCGCUGGGCUAGCUUUUUACAAUGGAAAGCCGACAGUUGUCGGUAGCAGCACAGCCCAUGGCGCUCAAAAGGUGGAAUUCUUCACUGGGGACGAGUGGGUUUCUAUGCCGGAUCAUCCAACUCCCGUGUACGGCUACUCUCUGACGGGCCUUGAUAGCGGGGCAAUGCUUGUAUUUGGCGGGUGCACUCGAAAACCUGUCACUUCGACUUCUUGUUUCUUGUCAAAUACGAUUUGGAGACUCAAGGACGAUCAAUGGACGGAUAUUGGACAAUUAUCAUCAACUAUUUAUGGAUACGGUUCUGCCAUCAAUAUCGGCAAUUUCGUUUAUCUCGUCGACGAACAAGACGGAACACAAGAAAAUACAUAUACAACACGGAGACUUUCGCUGGAAAACGAUCUGAUCAUAAAUGAGGAGAUUAUUGACACUAGAACUAUUUCCAUGCGACCUGGAAACUAUGCGAUCGCCACAAGGCCUCACAUUAUGCUGACUAGCUUUGAUUUCUGUGUUUGA